UAAAACGACAUUUAGCAUAAUUUUGUAUCGUUUUACUAUUUAAUUAAAGCAGCCUAUUUGUUGCCAUUAUUUAUACAUCUAUAUUCCUUCUAACUACAUAAACAAAAGACUUGUAUUAAGUCUUGCGCAUGCGCGAUGCGUGCAGAAGAAGGUCUCAGAGUAAUGGCUUCAGAAGCGGCGACCUCUAACGGCACAACUGAUGAAACCCAUCCAAAAGAAUACGACGUGUGGAAAGAAGGAUGGUUAUUUAAGAAAACGCACUACACCGGGCGCUGGAAAUUGAUGUGGUUUAAUGUCAGAGAAGGUGGGCAGCUUAUCUAUGGUUGUAAUGAAAAGUCCGCAGAAAAGGCCAUUAAUCUGGUUGGAGCAAGGGUGAAGAUGCUGGAUGGUUGUGAUGGGCCAUUAGGCUGGACAAUCACACCAAAGGACAGCAAACGCACCUUCAAGCUGCGUCCCGCAGAAGCAGAGGAGCAGCAGGCGUGGGUGACCGCCAUAUGUGAGGCACAGCUGAGCUCAGAACAGCACAGCGCCAAAGCAUGUGUUGUGCAAUAGAGCUAUGCUUUCCCCCCAUAGAGAUUUUAUAGUUUUCUACUUCAUAUUGUUUUUACUUUCUUCUUGAAAUGUCUAAGAAAGAUGCUCUUCUGAUGUAUAGUCUUCAUUUUUAAACAAGUGAAACAUGUUUUAUAAUAUUAUUAGAUAUUUUUGAGAUAUUUGUUUUUCUUUUUUUGAAAAUGUUUUAACUGAAUAUGCCUUAUGUUGAUGUUAUGAGUCAGGGUUAUUAUCAUAAAUAAAAUAAACAUUA